AUUCAACGUACGUAGACCAAGAAAAUAGCGACAUUCUCAAUAUAACAGCUUCAACAGAAUGAUGCCGAUUUCCAUCGUGUACCAAUGCGUUCGACUGCGAAAACAUGGAAAAACAAAUACAGAAGUUGGAUCAAAAAGUUUUGGUAAAACUGCGAACAAAUACCUAAGCCGAGUCUUUUAUGCGUUCGCUUAAUUACUGCACCUGGGAAAAAUACGGCGGGAAUACACUGGAAAAGUUAUAUUACUUUUAACAGUUUGCAAAGGGUUACAAUGAGUCUCUGGGUUGACAAGUAUCGUCCUACAAAUCUGAGUAAGCUCGACUACCACAAAGAGCAGGCAGCACACAUAAAGAAGCUGGUAGCAAGUGGUGACUUCCCUCAUCUCCUGGUCUAUGGACCAAGUGGGGCAGGCAAGAAGACACGAAUCAUGUGUCUCCUGAGGGAGUUGUAUGGGGCAGGAGUAGAGAAACUGAGAAUGGAGCAUCAGAGUUUUGUCACUCCCUCAAAGAAGAAACUUGAGAUAUCAACCAUUGCCAGCAACUAUCACAUUGAAGUCAACCCUAGUGACGUUGGUAUCCAAGAUAGGGUUGUCAUUCAAGAAAUCAUCAAAACAGUGGCCCAGUCAAAUCAGAUUGAUACAAGCCAACAGAAAGAUUUUAAAGUGAUUCUACUGACGGAGACAGACCGCCUUACGAAGGAUGCACAGCAUGCUCUUAGGCGUACUAUGGAGAAGUACAUGGGGACGUGCAGGCUCAUUUUAUGCUGCAACUCUACCAGUAAAGUUAUCCCUGCUAUUAGGAGCAGGUGUCUUGGCAUAAGAGUCCCAGCACCCAAAAUAGAAGAGAUUUCGAAAAUCUUGGUGACCACCUGUAAAAAGGAAGGACUGAAUCUCCCCUCCCAGUUGGCAACAAAAAUAGCAGAAAAAAGCAACAGAAACCUGAGACGUGCUUUAUUAAUGUGUGAGGCUUGUAGAGUCCAACAAUACCCAUUUAGUGCAGACCAGAGUGUGAGUGAACCAGACUGGGAAGUAUAUCUCCGUGAGACGGCAAACAUGAUUGUCCAGCAGCAAAGUCCACAGAGGUUGCUUGAAGUGAGGCAGAGAAUAUAUGAGCUACUGACCCAUUGUAUUCCAGCUGAUAUAAUCAUGAAGGGGCUGUUAAAAGAAGUUGUUGCCAAUUGUGAUGGACAGUUAAAAACAGAAAUAACUCAAGUGGCGGCUUUCUAUGAACAUAGACUUCAAAUGGGACAAAAGGAGAUAUAUCACAUCGAGGCAUUCGUUGCUAAAUUUAUGUCCAUUUACAAGCAUUUCUUGGAUGAAAGUAUGGGAGAAUUUUUCUAAGUUAACUCCUAAUCGUUCAUUUAUGUACUGUGGAACUAAUUUUUAAAAAACAAUGAGGACAUUUUGCAAGGGAGUGAAGUAUUGUAUUUGUUGUUAGGGCUGAAAGACCUGCAGUGUUUACAUAAGUUCAUUGUACUCUUGACAUACGAACUACAUUAUACAAUAAAUAGAUCAAUGUUA